AUGGCUGGACAAGCACUUAGAAAGUUUCUUCCGCUCUUUGACCCAGUUUUGGUUGAAAGGGGUGCCGCCGAAACUGUAACCAAUGGUGGCAAAAUGCUUCCAGAAAUGUCUCAAGGAAAAAUAUUGCAAGGAACAGUAGUGGCUGUGGGAUCAGGCACGAAAGGAAAGGGUAGAGAGAUUCAACCAGUCAGUGUGAAAGUUGGAGACAAAGUUCUUCUUCCGGAAUAUAGAGGCAACAAAGUAGCUUUAGGUGACAAGGAUUAUUUAUUUAGAGAUGCUGACGUUCUUGGAGAGUACAUGGACUGA